UUGCAUAUGCCCACAUUAGCGUCUGAAUGCACUAAUGCGUGUAUCUGGGUAUUCUAUUACUCUCGUUACCAUUACCCCCAUUAUCACGGAUCAUUAUUGUCUUCUUCAAAUCGUUGAAACUUUCCAACCUCUCUUAUCUCUUGAUUUUUGUGAAUCUUUUCAAAAUAAAGAUCACAUUUAUUGUCACCCCAAUUUUUACAUAUAUAAAUUAAAUUAAAUUAAAUUCUGAUUCAACAUUGAAAAAACAAAUCAUAAAAAAUCAAACAAGAAUAUGGCGGAGUGGCACUCUAUACAACUCAAAAUCUUGUAUGAAGUCUUAGGAUGGGUCGCUUUUGUUGCUUGGUCUAUCAGUUUUUACCCUCAAGUCAUCAUGAAUUUUAGACGAAAAAGUGUGGUGGGAUUAAAUUUCGACUUUGUGAUCUUGAAUUUGACGAAACACUCGUCGUAUUUGGUAUACAAUGUGGUUCUUUACUUUAGCGCCUCUGUUCAGGCUCAAUAUCGUCACAAAUUUGGCGAUGACCAGAUGAUACCAGUUGCUGCAAAUGAUGUUGCAUUCUCAAUACAUGCAGUACUCUUGACAGCCUUCACCCUCUUCCAGAUUUUCAUCUAUGAGAGAAAGAAUCAGAGAUUUUCGAAAGCUGCCAUUGGGAUUGUCUGUGCUGUAUGGUUGUCUGCUGCAGUUUGCGUUUUCGUAGCUAUUCACAGACAUUCAUGGUUCUGGUUGAUCACUGUCUUCAACACUAUUCAGGUUAUCAUGACAGUAAUCAAAUACGUGCCUCAGGCAAUCAUGAACUUUCGACGAAAAAGCACAGAUGGUUUCAGCAUUGGUAAUAUUUUGCUCGAUUUGACUGGUGGUGUGACAAAUUAUGGGCAAAUGGCUAUGCAAUCUAUUGAUCAGAAAUCAUGGGUGAAUUUCUAUGGAAAUAUAGGGAAAACGCUACUAUCUUUGGUAUCGAUCUUCUUCGAUGUUCUAUUCAUUAUCCAACAUUAUGUGCUCUACCCAGCCUCAAAGAGAAAGCAACAGAAGCUCCCUAUUCAAUCCUCUAGUACAGAGCAGAAUUAAUUAUUAGCAUUGUUUCUUAAUUUGAGCAUACAACAUCAAGUAAUACAUAGGGCUUUUGCUUUCAAAGUGUAUGAAGGUGGAAUUCGGCCAAUGUAACCUUGUUUCUCUGAAAUUAGAGAAGCAAUGCAGCUACCCAUGUAUAUAACUUCGAUCUUGAUGUUUAUAAAGCAGUACAAUGAAGAAUGUCCAUAGGGAACAAUUAUAAAGUGUGUUCAUCCUGUAA